AUGUCUUGCCCCACGUUCGACUUCAGCGACCCGUCCAAGGCUCGCAAAACGAUGCAGCGCUUUGCAGCGCACCUCAAGGCCGCGGUGAACGCGUCGCCUGCCGACCUUCUGGACCUCACCAAGAAAGUGGGGAAGAUUCUGUACGACAACUGCGACGCGAUUGUCGCUGCUGCAAGAGGUGGCGCGCUAAUGCCGAGGAUCGUCGGAUACGCGUACGAGGAGUACAUCGGCCAGCUCGACUUCUUCCUGGCCAACAUCAAGGAGGACGACGACCGCGAUGUGGGGAGUGCCUCCCACAUAGGCCCGGACAGUACGAACCAGCGGAAGAAGAAUACGAACCAGCGGAAGGAAGACAGGAUCCAGCAAAACGAGGACAGCGACCUGCGGAACGAGCUUAGCGACUAAGGAACAGAGCUGGCCUACUCCGCAACGAGCCGAGCGACUACGAGAGUUCAUGAUAGGACGUCGGAACGGGUACAAGGAGACAGAACGAGAACGAGAACACGGAACGAGCACGAGAUUGAACGCGGUACGACUCGGAGCCGUUGACUAGAAGCGAGGUUGAGGAUACGAAGCACGGAAGAGGCGAGGGAGCAGCGGAACGAGUCAGGACUCAGGAUGACAGCUGUAGACGAGGCCUGGAGGACCGAGGAUAGGGACAGCGAGCCAGAGGUUUGGCAACGAGGUCCGUCUUUGGCACUACUCCCCUCCGAGAUGCAUAUUCCCCCGUUUCAACACACCCUCCCUUCAUCCUGGAAGCCAUGGAUUGGCCCGCCCCUCGAACAUCGCGCCCGGGGGUACUACACUCCCG